CCCCCCCUCCCUCCACCCCGUGUCUCCAGGGCGUCCUUCAGCAGCCUCCUGGCGCAACUCCGGGCCCAUCAUGGGAGGAUGCCUCUCCAAACCCAAACCAGUGGAGGUUAAAGUGGAGCUCACGCUGCUGGAGAAAGAGCGGGAAACGGACGCCAUGUCGCCCAACGGCAAGGUCAGCCCCUUCUCGGAGUGCCGGCCCAACGGGGCGCUGGGCCACUGCUCGGACGAGGACUCCUCCGCCGCGCUGCGCCCGUACCAGAAGUCCCGCGACUACGUGGAGGCCUCCGUGUGCCACGUCAAGGACCUGGAGAACGGACAGAUGCGUGAAGUUGACCUGGGUGCCGGCAGGGCCCUCCUGAUAAAGGAACAUGGGGAGUUCUGUGCGAUCGGACACAAGUGCCCGCACUACGGUGCACCACUGGUCAAAGGUGUGUUAUCAAAGGGCCACGUGCGAUGUCCCUGGCACGGAGCCUGUUUCAACAUCGCCACGGGGGACAUCGAGGACUUCCCCGGCCUGGACAGCCUCCCCACCUUCCAGGUCAGAGUGGAGAAGGACAAGGUGAUCAUUCGGGCCAACAAGCAGGCUCUUCAGUCGCAGAAGAGGACAAAGUCCAUGUCCAGGUGUUCUGCGGUCAUUAACUCCAGCACGAGCUUCAGCCACGUGCUCAUCAUCGGGGCAGGUCCUGCUGGACUGGUGUGCGCAGAGACGCUGAGACAGGAGGGUUUCACCGACAGAAUCGUCAUGUGCACCAUGGACAGACACCUGCCCUAUGACAGACCUAAACUGAGUAAGUCUCUCGAAAGCACGGCUGAGCAGCUGAGGCUGCGCUCGGCGGAGUUCUUCCAGACGCACAACAUCGAGCUGCUGAUGGAGAAAGAGGUUGUCUCGGUGGACGUGAGGACGAAAACCGUCAUGUUCCAAGACGGACUGAAGAUGGAGUACAGGAAGCUUCUCAUUGCAACGGGAAGCACACCCAAGCCUUUGAGCUACAAAGGCAAGGAUGUGGAAAACGUGUUUUACCUCAGAACGCCCGAGGACGCCAACAGCAUCGCCAGACUCGCCAACAACAAGAACGCGGUGAUCGUGGGAACUUCGUUCAUCGGUAUGGAGGUGGCUGCCGCGCUCACGGACAAAGCCCACUCCGUCUCCGUCAUCGGGAUCGACGCCAUCCCCUUCCGGAAGUCUCUGGGGGAGAAAGUGGGGAAGACCAUGAUGAAGAUGUUCGAGAACAACCGGGUGAAGUUCUACAUGCAGAACGAGGUUUCCGAAAUGCGUGGCCAUCAUGGACAGUUAAAAGAGGUGGUUCUGAAAAGUGGGAAGGUCUUAAGGGCUGAUGUGUGCAUCAUCGGUACAGGCUCUGGCCCCGCCACGUCCUUUUUAAGACAGAGCGGGAUACACGUGGACUCCAAGGGUUUCAUCCCAGUCAGCAAGACGAUGCAGACGAACGCAGAGGGAGUCUUCGCCGGAGGAGACGCGGUCGCCUUUCCCCUCUCUGGCCGCAGCAAUAAGAAGGUGAACAUCUCGCACUGGCAGAUGGCCCACGUGCACGGAAGAGUGGCUGCCCUCAACAUGAUGGGCACAACCACCGAGAUCAAGACGGUGCCUUACUUCUGGACGGCCAUGUUUGGGAAAAGCAUACGAUACGCAGGUCAUGGAGAGGGAUUCGAUGACGUGAUUAUCCAAGGGGAUCUGGACGAGCUGAAGUUUGUGGCCUUUUACACCAAGAGCGAGGAGGUGAUCGCUGUGGCGAGCAUGAACUAUGACCCCAUUGUGUCUCGAGUGGCGGAGGUCUUUGGGUCCGGAAAGUUGAUUAAGAAGCGUGACGUGGAGACUGGGGACAUGUCGUGGCUGAUUGAAAAAGGCACACAGUGAGCAUCUCGGCCUACUUCCUGAGCUCCAAAAGCAUGCUGGGAGAAAAAAAAAAAAAAAAAAAAAAGACUAAA